AGCAGCAGCAGCAGCAGCACUACAACGGCUCUUGUGACAUCACGGAUACUACAUCCACGUUUUAUAGUCUAUGUUCUUUCUUCAGUCUUUCUUCAAAAGGCAAAACGACAAAGGGAUUUUUCAAAAGCCAAAGUUGGAGCGUUAUUUUAAUAUUUAUUUGUUUUAUUUCGGUUUUUUUUUGAUUAUGACAACAAAAACCCAUGGCCCCACCCCCGCCCCCGGCUGAUGAAACUGGCUGAUGAAAUCGUGCCGACGCAGCAGCGCGUUGAAUGAAACACGCUCUACGGCGUUAACGGCUACUGAGCGCUACUAGCACUCGGCGGGGACUUCAUGCGGUUGUCACCAACUACAGCCGUCAACCCGAGGGACUCAGAAAUCUGUCAGCAAGCAACAUGGCCAAAGUGAACAGCGGUUCCUCCGGUUGUCGGGCCAUGGUGAUGGCAGGAAAAUACCUGUCGAGCCCGUCUCCGCCGGCGCUGUCCCGGAGUUCCUGCCAACGGCAGCGGAGGAUGUUUGGUCCACAGUAUUGCAUGAUGAGCUCUGACGCGGCCGGAAUGAGAGGAAAAAGCGCGACUUUGACCCAGCAGGAGAACCUGGGGUUUAUCUCCGCCGCAGACCGACAUGUGCUGCCCAACCGGAAUCUGAUUUACCGGGACGUGAAAGCUUUUCUCAAUGAAGUCGGUGGAGACCCCCGGGAGGCUCGGUACUGGCUGACGCAGUUCCAGAAAGCGACUUCGGCUCAGUCUCCUGUCUUUGCCGUAAUGGAGGUGGACAGCUCAGUGUUCAACAACAGGGAAAUGGUUCAGAGGCUGGCCUUCGGGCUCUCCUUCCUGCAGCGGAUGGAUAUGAAGCCUGUGGUGGUGAUGGGUUAUGAGGCAACAGGACCCAAGGAACCGGUGACCGGGUCUCUGUGCACCCUAGGGCUGAUGGAGCGGAGCCAGCAGCUGACCGAGGCUCUGCAGCAGCACUCGGCCACCGUCCUGCCACUCUUCUCCGCCGAGUCCUUCCUCCUCCUGCAUGAAGCCCCAAGUGGAAGCAGUGCUCCACCCUACGUUUCUGUGGACACUAGCCUCCUCCAGUGGAGUCUGAACUGCGGGACAAUCCCAUUGGUUUGUCCAGUCGGGAGGGAUGGGCAAGGUUGCUCGGUAAUGUUGGACCCAGAGGAGGUGACAGCGGCUAUUUCCCGAGCCCUGCAACCCCACAAAGUCAUGUUCCUGAACAACACAGGAGGCCUCCACAGCCAGGAACGCAAGGUGCUGGGCAGCGUGUCAUUGCCUAGUGACCUGCCCGGUCUGUCCACGGCGGCGUGGCUGAGUGCCGCAGAGCGCCGCAGAGUGACCACCAUAGCCAGACUGCUCAAUCAACUGCCGAUUGAGUCCUCUGCGGUGAUCACCUCCGCCGACACACUGCUGACCGAGCUGUUCAGCCACAAAGGUUCUGGGACACUCUUUAAAAACGGAGACCCCAUACACCAGUACAGCUCUCUGGAUGGGAUUGAUGUAGAGCGUCUGCUGGCUCUCAUCAACAAGUCGUUUGAUAAAACUCUGAGGCAAGACUACAUCAACUCUCUGGAAGGACGACUGCACUCCAUCUACCUCUCUGAAGGCUACAGUGCGGCAGCCAUCAUCACCAUGGAGCCGGUGAACGGUGGCACUCCCUACCUUGACAAGUUUGUGGUGAGCGGCAGUAAGCAGGGUCAGGGCACCAGCCACAUCCUGUGGGAAUGUAUCAGACAGGACCUGGGCAAACUGUUCUGGAGAUCCAGAGCCACCAACAGGAUCAACCCCUGGUACUUUAAACAGUGUGAUGGCAGCUUUGUUAAUGGGGUGUGGACCGUCUUCUGGUUUGGUCUGAGAGACAUAAGAGAUUCUUACGAGCUAGUGGAGUAUGCCAAGAACCUCCCCGACUCUUUCCACGAGUCCUCUCUCGCUGCCUCCCAGCAGCCCCCCACACCUGCCACAGGAUCCUGAACCGCCUCCUCCCAGCUGCUGGUCGUGUAGCUCUUUAACUCCGGAGAAUUGUUAGUGCUACUUCCUUAAGCUCUGAGGCUCUGGAGUUUAUUUUCGUUUAGCCUUGGAGCUAUGGAUAUUGUUUUCUCAUAUUUGCUCUGACUGGACUUUGUCCUUAUUUGUGGAGCGUCUUUUCUCGGGUUUUUCCUCUACCUUGAAACUUGAAAACCAAAGCUACAGUGAACUUUUCAUACAUGUAGUAUUUGGGUAAGCUAUAAAUCUUUAUUAUAAUAUAAAGGGUACAGUCUAGACCUGCUUUACAUGAAAAGUGCAAUGUGAUAACUAAGAGUUAUAGUAGAGCUAGAGUACAGUAGUAGAUCUAUUAGGGCUGAGGGUUUCCACUUUGCUAAGAAACACCAUGUCCACACUAAGGUCGCUUAGCUUGAAAAGGGAAGUUUUACUUAUUUAUUUCCGCACAUUUUUCAUCCAGACAAAACAGGUGUUGUUCACACCCAGAAUGCUCUCCAGAGAGGAGAAAUCUCAAAACUAUGGUCUUAAGUUGUAAUGUGGACCAGGAAUACUGAGCUUUUCAAAAUGAUUACUGCACUGUAUGCUUUCACAAACCUCCAGAUCUUUCUGUGAUCGCUUAUUUUGAAGGACAAUACAUCUAAGUGCGCAAUACAGGGGUUAUUAAAGGGGCACUCCACCUUUUUACACAAAGUUCAGUUUUCUUGUCUUGUCACGGGGAGUCCUACUCAGCCUAUGAAAACAGUUGUAUGAUAUUUUAAGUUUGAGAAAAUAACCCUGAUGAUGUCAUAGUGAUGUCAUCAGGGUUGUCUUGGCUUUGGGGGGGGGGGGGGGCAUUUACCUGUUAGGCAGGGACUGAAGAAAGAUGCUGUCGAGUUGCAUUGUGGGAAAUGUAGGAUCCAGCAUUUUAAGACCCUAAAAGUCAGCAUAUCUUAUAGCUUGUGCUAUAUACUUUGAUUUUGAACAUUCUUUUUUUUUUUUUUUUUUUUUUUUUUUAUUGUCACUUGCAAGUCCCCUGACUGUAAUAGCUGGAGUAUCCUUUUAAUUUGUAUUUAAAAUAUCAGAUUAAUUCACAAGCAUAAAAUAAUGACAAAUAACAGAAAGAAGAAGAGGAUUUUGCCAGUUUCCUAUGGUUUGUGCUGACCAAAUUGGGGAAAUGGACAGUAAACUUUAGAAUCCACUAGCUUAUUUGGCAGCUGAUCAUAAAACAAAACUCUCUCUCUCUCUCAAAACUCUCCUUGCCAUGGUUGUCAUGCACUUCUUAAAUGUGUGAAGUGUAAUAACUUAUUGCUUAUUGUUUGUGUGUUAUAUUAUACCAUCAAUAAAAUACUUAAGACCAA